AUGCGGGACCAUCUCGAAGCACUUCUUGUUUUCGGGGUAAUGAUAAAACAAACACAUCAUAAAAGUUUUGUGUUCAUGCGGGUUUGGUUUGGUUUGGUUUUAUUCUUUGCUUUCGCGAAAGAAAAUAUUCAAGAGAAGAAAUGCUUGCCAAGAAUAUUGGAAGAAAACGAAAAUAUUUGUUGA